AUGUUGGUCAACCAUCAUUGUUUAUUACAGCAACAGCAACUACAGCCACAACAGCAAUCGCCAUAUGUGUCGCCUAGACAACAUACAGUGACGGCAGUCGAGAAUGAAGACGAGGAUGACGAUGAUUUGAAAGAUCUAGACAUGAUUGAAUCACACAAUUACAAUAGCAAACGAGCGCCCAAUUCCUUCUUAUUGUUCAGCGCAAAGAGACGCCAUGACCUUCAGUCUGAUGGAAAACAAAUCACUACGCAACAACUAGCAGAGGAAUGGAAGAACAUGACAAAGGAACAGAAAUCAGAAUUUCAAAAUCAAUCACAAUGUAUACAGUUUACCUUGGACAUUGAUAAUCGUGCUCCAACUACAGUCAACUCACGGAGAAAGCACCCUUUUAUACCUAAAAUUGUAGUUCCCCCUCCCUCUUCCAUGGUGAUCCCCAACGAUCAUUCUGUCGAUUCUUCUCCAGUUAGCAGUCGAGGCAGAGAGGAUGAAGAUGAAGAAGAUUCUUAUUUCAUGCAAGACACUUCAACCUAUCAUCUUUAUCACCAGCCUUAUCAGCAUCAGCAGCAACAACAAGAUCAGCAUCAGCAUCACUAUAGCCAUCGUCAGCAUCAGCAACCUAGUCAUCACCAUCAUAUGCCGAAUAUAUUGAUGAAUUCAUUUCAACACAAUAGCAGCAAUAACCAUCACUCCCAUUCACCACAUUCAAUGUAUUCAACGAAUCAACAUCACCAAACACAGCGUUAUUACCAUCAUCAUGCUUCUCCUCCACCCCCUCCAGCUCUACAGCAUCCAACUACUCGUAUUGACAACCACUGCCGCCACUACCAACAGCAGCAGCAACCACAUCAUCGAUCUUCAUAUCAGUAUCAUCAUUUAAUGAAUGACACUUCUCCAAUAGCCUCUCCGCCUACACCUUACCAGUUUCAUCAACAGCGCCAGAUAUAUCCUUCCAACAAUUCCAGUAGUUGCAGUAGUAGUAGUCAAUCCAACACCAACACACCUCCUCUCACUGGUUACACCUCUGCAGCUAAUAGCACCAAGCUCAUUCCAAAUCUAUCUUAUUCAGCAGCAGCUGAAGCAGCAGCUCUUGAAUCACUGUCAUUCAAUGAAGAAAAAGCACCACUCCAACAGCAACUACAAACCCCAACCCAGCCACAACAACAGCAAAAAGCACAGGGGAAAACUGACAGUAGUAUAACAGCUGAACCACCAUCCUCCACAGCCGCAGCAAACACCACAAGUCAAAGCACCAAGCGAAAGUAUGGCAUACUUCCAGAAAAGGUGAAGCGACCGCCGAAUGCAUACCUGUUGUUUAACAGGGACAUGCGUCGUCAAUUGCAUGAUGUAAACCAGGGACUCAGUUCUGGUGAAAUCAGUAAAUCAAUCAGUCAGCGUUGGAAACAGCUUUCAUCUAUAGAAAAAGACUUUUACUUUAAAGAGGAACAAAAGUUGAAAGAGCAGCACAAACUUGGACAUGACAACUUUAUCUACACACGACGAUCAAAGGCUGAAAUGAAGCAAGCUGGGCACUUGAAGAAGCAGCAGCAGCAGCAACAGCAACAACAGCAACAGCAGCGGCAACAACAGGUCUACCACCAAACAAAACCGACUUCACUACCACUACCACAGUCUCCUCCAAAACCUCAAGAUGCCACCGCUUCAUCUUCUACUGCAGCAGCUCUUAAAAGGUUGGCCAGCAACAAUAAAAGGAAAUCAACCAAUAGUGUGGGGCGUGAUCCGCGUGGCCGAAAAAAGAAAAAGGCGGAUGAUACUUUACCAAAGCAUCCCAUGUCUGCUUAUUUGCAUUUUGCCAAAGAAAUGCGACCCAUCAUGAAGAAGCGAUUUCCAACUGCUCGUCUUGUGGAGAUCAGUAAAGAGAUUGGAAACGAAUGGCGUGCCAUGGCUCAAAUUGAUUUACAAAAGUGGAUGGACAUGGCUAAUUUGGAUAAAGCGAGGUAUGCAAAGGAGAUGAAAGAGCGUAUCAUUCAUGGCCAGCAGCAAAAAGACAGUGUGAUUGUCAAUGACGAUACUCAAUCGUUCAAUAGCAGCCGUAGUAGUAUCAGCAGCAGUAGCGGAGCAAGCAGCUAUGAAAGCAACUCUCCAUUAUUGACAAAGAAGAGAAAGUUCUCCUCCAUUUCUUCCAGCUCAACAUUGAAUAGCAUAAGCAAUGCAUCAGCAACAGCUGCCUCAGUAUUGGAUGAUUUGGAUAGUGACAUUAUUGCAACUGUUGCACAAAUGGUUAAUCCAAAUGCUUCUCUUGCUACUGCUGCCAACAGUAAAUAG